UUUUAUGUUCUGCCAUACUGAUCAUUCUUCUCGACUUUUCACUAGAUUCUGACUCUGACCUUAUCUCCGGUUCCCUUGGUCGUCAAAUCAAUGAGUAUUCGAGCUCUGAUUUCGUUCAAAUAAUUGACUUUAGACAGGCAGUCGAGCCGAGGAAUUCUCCUAACUCCGCCACCUUCUCAUUUGGAAUUGAUUGGGACGAAUAUAAUCAAGCAUUGCUAUCGGGCACCCUUAACAAAAGCCCAAAUUCCCUGCAGGCCGAAUCUUCUCAACUUAAUCUCUUUCCUCGAGGUAUUUCUCUUAGGUUAUUAGAUGUACCUCCGGGUUUAUUCUGGUGCCUGACUCGCUCAAGCGCUCGAAGAAUAAGGACAAGAGGAAGUCUGUCGCUCCACCUUCCCCCUCCUCCGUUGAAGUCGAGACGGUCACCCUCGAGAGGCCAUCUCGACUUUGGAAUCCCAGAGCCUCAUGAGGUGGCCAAGUACUUUGACUCCGUUCUUCCUUCCGUUGAUAAAGUUUGCGCCGACCGCGACCCUCACCAUCGUGCUAACUGUGCACUCCUCUGCUUCUCUCGGGUUUCCGGCAUUCUACCGGCAAGGACAAGAUUCGAUCUACCCCAAACCGGACCAGGAUGUUCACACUUGCAUUAUUGGCGCCGUCUGUGGGAAUUUUCGUUUGAGAAGUUGUGUUUGAAGCUCAGCUAUGGCGGACGGAAUUCCCAAAGACUUGCAGUCGACGUUCGACGACGCUUGGACGACGACCAGGCCGAUUGGGCAAGGCCCUCCUCCGGGUUUUUUUGGCCCAUCGCAGACGCCGAUCACUCCUACACCUGUCCUUCAAGGUGUGGGAGCGAUGACAGCGAUUCCAAGAGGAGAUGCCGGCUCCAGUCGCGCUCAGGAGGCUCGCGCAGCAGCUGUGGCGGCGAUGCCACCGCCUCCCAUGGUGGUGCAACCAGUAGGAUCGGCGACACAAGGAGGAGCUCCACCACAGGUAGUUACGCAAGCCCCCAGUCAACAGAUGGUGACGAUGACCAGGGAGAAGAUGCAGAGGAUAGCGGCGGCCGCGGCGGUGCAGACGGUGUAGUAGGUCACGAGCCACACAUCUCACGCCACCACCGCGCCGACCAUGGUAGUGGGAAACCAGGACGAGGAUGUGUCCAAUUAUGGAGAUGGAGGAGGUGGAAGAGAUC